UAAAAGCUCUUCUAUCAAAUAAUACAUUCAAAAUCCCAAAGGCUUUAUAUUCAAUAAUGCCCAUCAAAGACUCAGAGCAUUUCAUGGUGUCUGCGUUUAUCGACCACAGACUUGAUGGGGUCAUUCGAGUCAUCAGCAUAAUCAGCAGAAACCAUCUUCAGCCACUUUACUGUGUUUACUGCAGCACUAAACAAGUCUGCAAAACUGUUCACACAGAUGUCCAGAUACACAGUGACCAUUUUAGCUUCCCGUAUGGUGCCUCAGAUGUGAUUUGUAAAGGUAAACAAAUGCAAGAUGCAACUCAUGUCCUCAUAACAACUGACAAGAUAGAUUCAGCCAACCUCAAAAUGGAAUAUCUGCCAAUAAAAAAUAAGGUUGUACAAGAGACUUUCAAGUUUAACUUCACUGUGUGCAUCUCCAACCUUUUUGGUGACUACAACAAUGUACUGCAGUUUGCUCAAUCAAUGGAGAUGUACAAGCUUCUGGGUGUACAGCAUGUGGUCAUCUAUAAAACUAGUUGUGGGCCAGACUUGGAAAAGCUCUUAAAACAUUAUGAAACCGAGGGGAUGCUGGAGAUCGUUCCAUGGCCUAUCGACCAGUUUCUAAACCCAUCAUCAGGCUGGAACAUCAAGAUUCACAAGGGUGACAUCCAUUAUUAUGGUCAGUUGGUAACACUCAACGAGUGCAUUUACAGGCACAUGUACCAAUCCAAAUAUGUUCUCCUGAAUGACAUUGAUGAAAUCAUCAUGCCUUACAAACACUCCAAUUUACCAUCUCUUAUGGAGGACCUCCAGUCUGCUCAACCCAAUAUAGGGGUGUUCCUCAUAGAGAACCACAUAUUCCCUAAAACACAGUUUGAGGAGAGUGGUAAGUUCAAACGAGCAGAAUGGAAUAAUAUUCCUGGUGUUAAUAUCAUGGAGCACAUUUACAGAGAACCUGAUCGAAAGAACAUUUACAAUCCCACAAAGAUGAUUGUCAACCCAAGGAAGGUGCAGCAAACUUCAGUACAUUCAUCUUUGAAAAACACUGGAGGCAGUUUCCUUGUACCGUUUAAUGUAUGUAGGAUCGUACAUGUGAGAGUCCCACUGCAGGGGCAUCUUACCAAAGAGCAACUCUUUGAAGACAAAAGAGUCUGGGACUUUGAGCAAGAACUGAUACAGAACGUUGACCAGACUUUAAAAGGUUCUGGUCUCCUGUAGGUUUCCAGUUGACAUGGUUUGUAUAGGAUCAAUAUAAAUAUGCAAAUAUAACCAACGCUGUACUUAAAUUUUAUAUUUCCAAAACUACAUUGAAAAUUACAUUUUCACUUAAUAAAAACAGUCAUAAAAAUAUGAAUGUUGUUGCCACUAGCCCAACACCAGAGUGCUAGUCAGGUAUGAUGAACUGACA